AUGACCACAGCCCAUCGCCCCACCUUCCAUAAUGCUCUGGGUGCUAACAACUCGAGCAAUCAGCCCAUUCCCACCAUCUUCAGGAGGGCCCGGGAUGAGCCCGGUCACCUUACGCUGAAGUUCCGUGAGUCCAAGGAUGCUGGAUCAAACAAGGCGGCCUUGCGAAGGGAGUUGGAGAAGAAGGAGAAGCAGGCCAAAGGCGCUAUAGGUAAGGUAGAACCCCCGCCGGAUACUGCCUUCCCUGAAGACUGUGAUGAAGAUCCCGACGCUGGUGGAGGAGGUUCGGACACCGAAUCCGAGGCAGAUCGAGACUCUAGUGGUAGUGAUGAUGAUGAAGAUGAGGAAGAGGCUGAGUUGAUGAGGGAGCUCGCGAAGAUACGUGCGGAAAGGGCGGCCGAGGAGGCGAAGGCUGCGGCAAUCGAGCAGGCCAAAGAGGAAGAAGAGGAGAGGCAGCAGAUUGCUGUUGGCAACCCUCUGUUACAAGGUAGGAUGUGUUUCCUAUCAGCGGGAGGUAGCAUGCAAUUGAAACGGAGAUGGGAUGAUGAUACUGUAUUCAAGAAUCAGUCUAGGAACCAGCCUAAGGGGAAAAAGAGGUUCAUCAACGAUGCAGUCCGCAGUGAUUUCCAUCGGAAGUUCCUCGACCGGUAUAUACUAUAG